AUGAUGGUAGAGAAUCGCAAGAUAUCCUCUUAUUUCAAGCGAUCGGAGUCUACAGAAAGACAGCUUGUGGCUGGCGUUAAACGGCCCGGUAGCAAAGAUGGUCCGCCAUCAUCAUCGCCGCUAACUCCCUGCCCGCCAGAUUACUCCUCAGUCCAGUUCACCUCCCCCAUCCUCGCACCCAAACAGCUACAGGUGCUGGAAGACCGCUCUAGACAUGCGGGCGAGUCUGAAGCUAUCCAGUCUACCCCAAUGGAUGAACCCGAGCCUUACCCCGCGGUCUCGUCCUUUGCCAGUGUUCCUGGCUCGCAGAGGGUACUUAAAGACGGGGAGAUCAUGAUAACUGCCUCUGAUGACGAUGAUGACUAUUCGAUAAAUUCCAUCACCAUAUCUACAGAUGACCUGUUGGCUAGGUUUCUGGCUACACCACGACAGAAGGAGAGUUCAGAUACAGACAUGCCCGCGUCAAAGGGUAGGAAAGCAAAGGGUAAAGCCAACAAGGGCGGCCAAGCAGCGACUGGUGCCAUACCUAAAUUCUCUCUAGACGACUUGGUUGCCGAUGCCACCCAGGAUAAGGAGCGCGAGGCCCAGGUAUCAGCCGCAAAGAUCCUGCUCAAGGAGUCUGCCGGACAGAGUAAAGGCAAGGGCAAGCACCCUUCUGGCCGAGAUGAUAUAUAUGCUUCUCUAGUUUCAGAUACGUCGGACACAGCAGCAAUAAGGCGACUUAAGGAUGCAGUUUCACGAACAGAGGCCUUUCAAGAAGGCACAAGCUGGUCUUUCUUUCGUGAGGACCCGCCAAAAGCCACUCCGCAAAGCUUUCCUGGGAAGUCGAUAUAUCCUGGUUCCUGGGAGGCGGUUCUCCGAGUUGCCACGGAGCCACGAGAUGAGCUUCGAUUUGCAUACACUAGUGCUCUUCAUCCUGAUACCCCCAAUCUCGAUGACGAGGAGCCACCUCCUCCUUUAGACACGACGUUUCUGUUAUCCGUUUUGACUCUGCUUGCUGGCCUAGCUGAAAAAUUGAACCCCCCCACGCGUGAACAUACCUUGAAAAUCCUCUUCCGUCUAGCUCUUGACGAAACUGUCAUGAACGAUGGCGCCGUAUCUGCAGAAACACAACGAGCAAUUGUCUCACUAUUUGGCGAUCCAGAGCCUGCCCUAUCGGGCUUAAACGUCUAUGAGCUAGCAGAGCAUGUAUACGGGACAGUUAAGGAUACAAACCUCCAGUCUCUUCUCCUUAAGCACAUACCUCCGGUAUCGCCAGAGCUUGCCCUAUUUAGGUGUCGUCUGGCAACUGCAUUUCUAUUCAGAGAUAGUUCACCGCUCGAUAAGCCGGCAGCUCACCUCAUCAACAUACAGAAACUCAGUUCGCAAUUAAAGAGCGAUCGGUUCAAGGCCAACGAACACCGGUCUGAGGACAGAACGCCAUUUAACUUCGCUGAACUAGUUGCAUUAACAACAAUACUAGAUAUCGCCAUUGACUCGGGAACCUUACAGCCAUCUUUCCCGAGCAAGGAGGCUGAGAUGGAGUUCAAUAAACAGGUGGAUAAACUGGCCGAUCGAGUGAAGACGGCUUUCACAGCUAUUCAAGAUUCGGGUGCAUCACAUAUGAAGCGAACUGAAGCCAAGGAAGGGCUGCAGGCGCUUCAUUACCGGCUGAUACAUACCGUGCGAACAAGACCUGUUCAGAAAAAAUCAUGGUUUAUUUCGCCAAAUGAAGAAGGUCGGAUUGGGCCUGGAAAGAAGGAUAUUUUGGAAAAAUUUCUAGGUGUCAAGUAG